AACAGUCGGAAUCUGUACAGGCCGCUACGUACCGACAAGUGGCUGAUUAUCUUCGCUAGCGUUGUGGUUCGCUGGGUAAACAUAGAAACAGACUCACUGAACUUCCACGGUGUUUGAGCAAGGUGAUUUAAGAUGACUGAAUAUUUCCUAGUUUUCCUGGGUUAAUGUGGUCUAUUUAAGCGAUUUUAUUCAUUUUUUGUUUAUGUAUUAGAAAAUGUAUCUAUUGUAUAGAGUGGUUGGCGCUUCCAUCGUCUACCGGAGUAGUCUGUAGAGAUGUGAUGAACUGUUAAAUAUCCUCCGGACAGCUGGAACUGUUGAUAUUUUGACGAGUGGUGAAGAGGUAUGUGACCUCGUGUACAAAGGGAACAGAUACCAUAUAGAGAAAAGAUGACGUCAUCAAACGAAACAGGAGACAAGCUACUUCCGGUAUGUCACCAAUGGAUGCGAGACACAUUGGAAAAACCGAACGUCACUCUGGAAGACAUCAACAAUAAACUCAUCCUCCGCUUCAUAGGGGGCAUCACUUUCCUCGCCAUCAUUGGUAUCAUCGGAUUCAUCGGGAAUACUCUCGUCAUCUUCAUCUACUUUAAACGAUUCCGGAAGUCAAACUACCGGAUAUACGUCCUUUGGCUGGCAGUCCUUGAUGUCGUUAACUGUACCGUCAGCGCACCACUUGUCAUCAUAUAUAUGUUAUUUCCUGUGACAUUUCCGUCUGACGUAUUUUGUAAAGUAUUCCGUUUUGUUUUGUACUUCCUGUCCCUUAUGUCAACUUCCGCUUUGGUAGUCAUAGCAAUAGACAGAUGUCGAAAAGUGUUACAUCCGCUUCGGCGUCAAAUAACAACAAAUCAAGCGAAAAUGCUGUGUUUUGUUAGCGUGGUGAUCUCCCUUGCUCUAUCAUGGCCGGCUCCUAUUUUGUUCGGACUGAGUGACGUUCAAACAGGCGUUCCUGGAUUGACCGGUGUCCGGUGUCUCACUGCAAACGAGUACAAAAAGACGGUAUAUAUGAUAUUAUACAGCUCGGUUACCUCCCUUUAUUUCAUAGCUGUAACUACCUCUCUAAUUAUAGUUUACGCGCUGAUUGGUCGACAGAUUUUUAAACAUAAUGUCUUUAGAUCAAGUGUCCGCAAGAUGUCAGCACUGAGCACAGAAUAUGAUGACCCGUCGCGGAAAGGAAGUAAUGGGCCAUCUAACGGCUGCGCAAACUACAGUGUGCGCAAGACAACUUUGACACUGUGCGUUGUUACCAUGGCAUAUAUAUUGAGCGCACUACCGCACCAUGCACUGGCAUUGCUGUAUUUCCUCAGUAAGAACUUUGACUGCAAGCUCGAUCUUCUGGAAUCCCAAUUUUACUACACGUUCAUUUGGUCAUAUUUCGUCAACAGUGCCAUCAACCCAUUCAUCUAUGGAUUCAGAGACAAGAAAUUCAGAUAUGAAGUUAAACUCAUUUAUAGCAAAAGUGGCUUUAGAAAGAUGAAGACGUGUAUGUAUUUACUUCUGGUCGGUGUGAUUUUGAUAUCAAAGUGCGAUGAAGUAUAUUCAGACGAUAAAGUUUCGGUGGAGAAAUCCGAAGAGAGAAGUUUGACAAGUGAAGUUGUCGGCCUUUUAAACGGAACUUAUUUCAACCUAAACGAGAAAGUAUGUCAGUUACAAAGGCGAGUCGAUACAAUCGAACGAGACACAGACUCCAACAUUCAAUGUGAAUGUAACAGUACGGAAACACUCGAGCUCAAGCAAUCAAUAUUCAACGAGCUUAAUGACUUCUCAAAAAUCCUGUCCGGGUUUGAAAAUGAAAUUCGCUUUUUGAAAAAUGAGCAGACAGAACUACGAGAGAUUUUGGACGGAGGAGACAUUGACGCUAAUACAACUGCCACUACCACCACCACCACCACCACCCCAACUACAGUCAUACCAAGAGUCUGUGAAGAUGGCUGGAUCAGAUCUCCGGAAAAGUGCUACUAUCUCUCCAGUUCCUUUGAGAAAACGGAUUGGGCCACAGCAAUGAGACGGUGCAAGUCGAAGGGAGCAAAUCUGGUUGAGAUCAAAACGGACGCAGAAUCCCGAUUCAUAAUGGAAAAUCUGCCAAGCCGUGUAGGAAGCAGAGAUAUUGUGUAUACCGGUCGACAGAGGAACGACGCAAACAUCUGGGUUUUUGUCAGCAACGACGAGAAAGUUGAUAUCUCGGUGAGAUCGUGGGCUAGAGGGGAACCAAAUGGUGAAGGUAGCCAGGAAUGCGGAUGUACUCAAAGAGCGGAUGACUUUCUGAUGCAUGACUGCUACUGUACCGGACAUAAACUAUUAUAUAUCUGUGAGAUUGGGCGUUAGUCAUCUUCUGUGGAAAACAAUGACAGCAUUACAAAACUAAAUUAGUGCCUUAACAAAUCACUGUUAACAGGAAUAAACAUUUGUACAAGUA